GUCCAAGUUCCAAACUGAACCAAUUCAGUAUCCGGCUUUAAACAUUGUCUCUCAAUCUCUGUCGAAACCCACCAUUUUCGCCUUUUGGCCGUCUUCUCCUCCGAUUCGCCACCUCGUCCGCUCUCAAACCCAGAGAAAAAAUGGCCAGCAAAUCUGAGAGUGAGGAACCUGUGAACGAACAAAUGAUUGCAAAUAUGUAUGGAGCUAUGAGAUCUGAACUAAACCAAAUUUAUUCCAAGAUCACCGAGUUGGAGAUGGAAGUGAGUGAGCAUUCACUAGUUAUAAAUGCCAUUCAGCAGCUUGACCCAUCAAGGCGGUGUUACCGGAUGAUCGGAGGUGUGCUGGUCGAGAGAACCAUCAAAGAGGUUCUUCCCGCUGUGCAGCGAAACAAAGAAGGGCUCGAGGAAGUAAUUGCUCGGCUUAAUGAGACCUUGGAGAAUAAGAAAAAGGAAAUUGCUGAUUUCGAGACAAAAUACAAAAUUAGGAUCAAAAAGUCCAAUGGUGACGCGAAAGAUGAAAGCAGCAAGAAGGAAGGCUCAGCUCAAGGAGUUCUUGUCGGCCCUGCAAGUUCGAGUCAGUAAAAGGUAUAGGUAUAUUCCUUUUUUCCUUCCUUGCUUGCUCGAACUUGCCUGUGAUAAACCCUAAAUCUUGUCGUUUAAAAACUUUAUUCAGUUAUUACUGAGUUGUACCAGGUUUUUGAUA